AUGGGUGACGAAUUUCAGACUAAGUCUCAGAGCUUCCUGGCCUGGUUUAAAUCCCUGCCCGGAGCCACCUUCCAUGAUGACAUUCAGAUUGUUGACCUGAGAGGCCAGAACGCUGGCAGAGGAAUUAUUAUUAACAACUUCUUAGUCGCCACUAAGGACAUCCCAGCGGAAACAGUUCUCUUCACGAUUCCCAGGAAAAACAUCAUCAACGUCGAGACAUCUGAGCUUCCCAAGAAGCUUCCUCAAGUCUUCACCGGAAACGAUGGGGAUGAUGAGGACAUGGAAAACGAACCUCUCGAUUCCUGGGGCUCGUUGAUCCUGGUCAUGAUUUACGAGUACCUCCGAGGCUCUUCGUCACCCUGGAAGCCGUACUUUGACGUCCUUCCCGAGAAGUUUGACACUCUUAUGUUUUGGGAGUCUUCUGAACUCGAUCAUCUGAAGGGAAGCGCAGUUCUGUCAAAAAUUGGAAAAGAGGAGGCCGAUGAGAUGUUCCGCUCUCGAAUUCUGUCAAUUGUUGCUGCCAACCCGUCUAUUUUCUUCCCCGAGGGGAUCUCGCCACCGAGUGAGGCAGAGCUGUUGCAGCUGGCUCACCGCAUGGGUAGCAUCAUCAUGGCAUAUGCUUUCGACUUGGAAAACGAGGAAGAGCAGGAGGAGAACGAGGAAGAUGGUUGGAUUGAGGACCAAGACGGCAAGACGAUGCUAGGCAUGGUUCCCAUGGCCGACAUUUUGAACGCCGAUGCCGAGUUCAAUGCUCACGUUAACCACGGAGAUGACGACCUCUCGGUCACCGCCCUUCGCCCCAUCAGUGCAGGAGAGGAGAUCUUGAACUACUAUGGUCCUCACCCGAACUCGGAACUUCUUCGAAGAUACGGUUAUGUUACUCCGAAGCACUCUCGGUACGACGUGGUCGAGAUCCCGUGGGAUCACGUGCAGGCCAGCAUUAAUGAGCAUCUUGGCCUUUCUGAUGAUUUUUGGACGCAAGUUGCGGAACAGGUGGACCCCGAAGACCUCGAAGAUGUCUUUGUUCUCGAGCGCGACUCCGGAGAGCCCGAUUCAGAAGGCCGAUUGAACACUCCGGCGGUUGUCCGUGAGAUUUCCGCCGAGCUUGAGGAACAGCUUAAGGCUAUUUUGAAGGUCAUCAAGAAAAUUAAGGGUGAUCUUAUCCCCGACAAGCGGAAGAGAGACGAAGUGUACCAGGCAGUCAUUAUCUCAACGCUGCAAAAGAUCUUGGGACAGUACCCUACAUCCAUUCAAGAAGAUGAGGCAUUUCUCGCCUCGGGCAAUUUGACCUCAAGACAAAAGAUGGCUGUUGAGGUGCGUCUAGGCGAGAAGCGGCUCCUACAGGAGGCUCUGGCGCUUGUUGGAUCUACAAAAACCGCGGCGGCAGAGGAGGAAGAGCCUGAAAGAUCAGCCAAGAAGGCAAGAACAAACUAA